AUGAUUCAACUUGAUAUAAUUUCUCAUCAACUAACAAUAAUCAUUGGUAUUAUUAUGUUUAUAUUUGGUUUAAUUGGAAAUAUUUUAAAUAUUUGUAUUUUUACUAACUGGUCUCGUUCUCGGCGAACAACAAUUAAUAAUAAUAAUAAUAAUCGAACUAAUAAUAGUUCGUUAUAUUUACUUGUUUCUUCAAUAGCAAAUUUAAUUCUUAUAAUUUAUGCAUUACCUACUCGAAUUUUAUUCGAUGGAUAUCAAUAUCAAGUUACACAACGAGAUGUAUUUAUUCUCUGUAAAUUCCGAUAUUAUGUCAUGCAUACAUGUGAUAUUAUCUCUUUGACAUGUGUUUGUAUGGCAACAUUUGAUCGAUAUUUAAUAUCAUCACGAAAUGUUCGUUUAAGACAUAUGAGUACAACAAGACAAGGAACAAAAUUUAUUAUUUUCCUAAUUAUUUUUAUACUUGGAUUACAUAGUAUACCACUCAUUAUUUAUUAUAAUGUAUCAACUACUGGUCAAUGUAUUAUUUAUUUUUCUAUUUAUUUAAGUUAUUAUCGAUAUACAUUUCAAAUAUUUUUUCAUGGUAUAAUUCCAAUAAUAUUCUUUUCUUUAUUUUCUUUUCUAACAUUUAAACAAUUAAAAACACUAACAACUAAAAAAACUACUAAUAAUAAUAUAAAUAUUGAUAAACAGUUAUCACGUAUGCUGUUCUUAAUGUCAAUAACGAUUGUAUUAUCAUGUAUUCCAUAUUCUGUCGAAAGUAUUUAUUAUUUAAUAUUUGCGGAUAGUAGUCAAAAACAAACAUCAUAUAUAUUAUUAUUUCAUAUUAUAUCUUCACUUUUAUUUUAUACAAAUCCUGUAUGUAGUUUUUAUGUUUAUUAUAUUUCGACAUCAAACUUUCGUAGUCAAACACGAAAAAUUAUUUUAUGUAAAAAAGAUUUCAAUCAUUUUAUGAACAAUCAAAUAAGGCCAAUAACAAUUUCAAAUAAUUUACAACAAUAA